GGGAAAUAAUUCCGUAAUUUCUACUACACUACUGCUGGAACCUAAAACCCUUGAAAACCCCUUUAGCCUCCUCAUUCCCUUCAGUUCGGCGCCAUUUCCAUAUACCUUCAGUGCUCAAAUUGCUUGCUUUUAUUCAUGUUCAUUGGUUUUUGAUUCAGGAUUCCGUAUUGUAAUUUCAUUACGGCGAAUUACUUCUUCAAAUGGCGCCAUUCAACAAGAAGAAUGUCAAAAGGAAAUCCAGAGACCACCAAAAUAAGCCUUCGGAUUCUACUCGUUCUCAGACCUUACCUAUUCAAUUUGAUGACGAUGUUCCUGAUUUUCCUCGAGGAGGAGGAAGCAAGUUGAAUAGAGAAGAACGAGAUGAAAUUAGGGCUCAAGUGGAUGAGGAAUUUGACUCCCAUGUCAGGGAGUCGAAGCGCAGGAAGAAGAAGAAGACUCAGGGGAGUCGGAAAUCUAAUGAUGAUGAUUUGGGUUCGCUUUUUGGAGAAGGGAUUUCUGGAAAAUUGCCUAGGUUUGCUAAUAAGCUUACUUUAAAGAACAUAUCUCCAGGAAUGAAGCUAUGGGGAGUGAUUGCGGAAGUAAAUGAUAAAGAUCUUGCAGUGAGCCUUCCUGGUGGGUUACGUGGCUUAGUUCGGGCUAAUGAAGCAGUUGAGUCUGCUUUAUUAGAUGAUGCCAAGGAUGUAGAGGUUAAUUUCCUCGCUGGUUUGUAUCAUGUUGGUGAGCUUGUGCCUUGUAUUGUGUUGCAAGUAGAUGAUGACAAGAAGGAGACAGGGAAGAGAAAAGUUUGGCUUUCUUUACGUCUGUCUCUAAUGCACAAGGGAUACUCUUUAGACGCAGUUCAAGAAGGAAUGGUCUUGAAUGCAACUGUGAAAAGCAUUGAAGAUCAUGGGUACAUUCUUCACUUUGGAGUUCCUUCGUUUAGUGGAUUUAUGCCAAAGAAUAGUGCGGAAGUUGGCGAGGACGUUAAGAUAGCAGGGCAGCAUGUGCAGGGGAUUGUGAAAAAUAUUGAUAAAGUCCGUAAAGUAGUUUAUCUGUCGACUGAUAGUGAUAUGGUGUCGAAAUGUGUGAUGAAGGAUCUUAAGGGUAUCUCACUUGAUCUUCUAGUUCCUGGCAUGAUGAUUAGUGCUCGAAUACAGUCUACACUUGAAAACGGGAUCAUGCUUUCAUUCUUAACUUAUUUCACUGGAACUGUCGAUAUGUUUCACCUCCAAAAUCCAUUUCCUGCAUCUGACUGGAAAAAGCUCUAUGACACAAAUAAAAAGGUAAAUGCUCGUAUACUCUUCAUUGAUCCAUUGAGCAGGGCUAUUGGUUUGACGAUUAAUCCUCAUCUCCUUCUCAACAAAGCUCCUCCUUUGCUUGUCAAGACAGGAGAGAUAUAUGAGCACUCAAAAAUUAUCAGAGUAGACAAAGACUGGGGUCUUCUGCUGAAAAUUCCAUCCUCACCAGCUCCCACUCCGGCAUAUGUUAUUAUGGCGGAUGUGAGUGAUGAAGAUGUCCAUAAGCUUGAGAAGAAGUAUGAGGAAGGAAUUGAUGUUAGAGCAAGAAUACUUGGGUAUAGGCACUUGGAAGGGCUGGCUAUGGGUACUCUCAAGGCUAGUGCGUUUGAAGGUGCAGUGUUUACUCAUGCUGAUGUUAAGCCGGGAAUGGUGGUGAAGGCAAAAGUUGUUGCUGUUAAGAGCUCAGGUGCUAUUGUGCAAUUUCCCAGUGGCGUCAAGGCACUUUGUCCCAUACGACAUAUGUCUGAAUAUGAUAUUGAGAAGCCAAGGAAAAAAUUUAAGGUUGGGGUGGAGCUAGUCUUUCGUGUUCUUGGAUGCAAGUCAAAGAGAAUUACUGUUACACAUAAGAAAACACUUAUAAAAUCAAAACUCUCCAUUCUUAGCUCAUAUGCUGAUGCAACUAAAGGAUUAGUCACCCACGGGUGGAUUACGAAGAUCGAUAACCUUGGAUGUUAUGUGCGGUUUUACAAUGGAGUUGAAGGAUUUGCUCCCAGAUCUGAGCUUGGUUUAGAGCUUGGAUGUGACACAAGCUCAAGAUAUCAUGUUGGGCAGGUAGUUAAAUGCAGAGUAACAAGCUCUUCACAUCAUCGCAUCAAUCUAAGUUUCACUGUAUCACCAAAAAAAAUCGCUGAGGAUGAAGUGGUUAAGUUGGGUAGUGUGGUAUCUGGAGUAGUUGAUAUUGUCAUGCCCGAUGCCAUAUAUUUACAUGUAAAUGGGAAAGGAAAUAUGAAGGGUACAAUUUAUACUGAACACUUAGCCGACCACCAUGGACAAUGUGCACUGCUGAAAUCGGUGUUGAAGCCUGGACAUAUACUUUCGGAGCUGCUGGUUCUCGAGGUAGAAGGCAACAAUAUCAUACUUAGUGCGAAAUAUUCUUUAAUUCAUGCUGUACCACAGAUUCCUGCUGAUAUCACACAGAUCACUUUGCAUUCAGUGAUAAGCGGUUAUGUAUGUAAUUUAAUUGAAACCGGGUGUUUUGUCCGAUUCCUUGGGCGUUUGACUGGAUUCUCUCCUAGGAAAAAGGCUUUAGAUGACAGAAAUAUCAAUCUUUCUGAAGCCUUUUUUGUUGGACAGUCUGUACGUUGCAAUAUUCUAGAAAUUAACAACGAAAGUGGUCGCGUAACAUUAUCUUUGAAGCAGUCCAGUUGCACAUCUACUGAUACUUCCUUCCUCCAAUCAUAUUUUGUAACUGAGGAGAAAAUUGCUAAGCUUCAGAUGCCUAUUUCACGAAGCUCCGAGUUUAGCUGGCCAGAAGAUUUUGAUGUCGGAUGUGUUAUUGAGGGUAGAAUUGAUGAGGCAAAGGAUUUUGGGGUUGCUAUCAGUUUUGAGAAAUAUGGUGAUGUUUUUGGCUUUAUUUCACAACAUCAAUUGGAUGGAAAAACUCUUGAAAUUGGCUCCACUGUUCGAGCCGUAAUUCUUGAUGUUGCUAAGUCUGAGCGCCUAAUUGAUCUGUCUUUGAAGCCACAAUUAGUUGAGAAAUCUGAAAGAGAUGCUAGUGUAACUGUAGUGUCUAAGAAGAAACGGAAAAGAGGAUCCAAGGAAUUCAAGUUGCAUGAGACUGUAAAUGCUGUAGUUGAAUUAAUUAAAGAGGACUACUUGGUAGUUUCAUUACCAGAGCGUGAUUAUGCUAUAGGAUAUGCUGCUAUAACAGAUUAUAAUAUGCAAAGGUUACAGCGGAAGCAGUUCUCCAUAGGACAAACAAUUCUUGCAACUAUUGUGGCGCUUCCAAAUGAUUCAACUUCAGGAAGGUUACUUUUGCUCCUUGAUUCUUUUAACCAGGCUCCAGGAACUUCAAGUUCUAAGAAGGCAAAGAAGAGAUCAGGAUAUGAUAUUGGCUCUCUUGUCCAUGCAGAGAUUACGAAUGUUAAGCCUCUUGAACUGUGGGUAAAGUUUGGGAUAGGAUGUCGUGGUAGAGUGCACAUUACAGAGGUAAAUGACGAUAGUGUUGUUGAAAAUCCUUUCUCCACAUACAAAGUGGGGCAAACAUUGACUGCUAGGGUGGUUUCUGAUAGUGUAAAGCAAGAAUAUCACAAAAAAGGCAGCCUGUGGGAAUUGUCUCUCAAACCAUCAAUGCUGUCAGCUUCUAGUGUGAUGGAGAAAGAACAAAUGGUGGAAGAAUUUAGCUUCUCAGUAGGACAGCAUGUCAGUGGUUAUGUAUACAAGGUAGAUAAAGAAUGGGUGUGGUUAGCAGUCUCUAGACUGGUGAAGGCUAAGCUUUUUAUUCUUGACAGUUCAUGUGAACCAAGUGAUCUGGAGAAUUUUCAGAAGCGCUUUAGGCUGGGAACUGCUCUCUCUGGGUAUAUACUGAGUAUAGAUCGAGAAAGGAAGUCCUUGCGUUUGAUUAUGCAUCCAUUGUCUGCUGUCUCCAAUGGAUCAAUAGGCUCACAGGAUGAUAGUUCUACAUCAAAUGAGAAGGAAGCUUGUCAUGUUCAAAAUGUUGAUGUUGUAGGUGGUAGAGUGUGGAAGAUUCUUCCAGGUGUUGGCGGCAUUCUUGUGCAGAUAGGGCCUCACAUGUAUGGUAAGGUUCACUUCUGUGAACUUACUGGCUCAUGGGUUUCUGAUCCUUUAGCUGGCUAUCACGAGGGCCAAUUUGUUAAGUGCAAGGUCCUAGAACUCAGCCAUUCUGCUAAGGGCACUAUUCAUAUUGAUUUGUCAUUGCGUGCCUGUGAGGAUACCAUCACUGGAAAUUCUCUUGGUGGUUGCGUUGAGAAGAUUGAAGACCUUCAGACUGAUAUGGUGGUGUAUGGUUAUGUCAAGAAUGUUACUCCUAAGGGGUGCUUCAUUAUGCUCUCCAGAAAUAUUGAUGCAAGAAUCAAGCUUACCAACUUGUCUGAUGGAUAUGUUGAGGACCCUAUAAAGGAAUUUCCUGUUGGUAAACUUUUAAAAGGAAAAAUUAUCUCUGUGGAACCUUUGUCCAAACGUGUUGAAGUUACUCUGAAGAUGGAUGAUAAGAAUAACAGAUCUGAGUUGAGUGGUUUUGAUUCUCUUAGUGUUGGUGAUGUUGUGAAAGGUAGGAUUAAACGGGUUGAGUCAUUUGGUCUAUUCAUUGUAAUUGACAAUUCAAACCUGGUUGGAUUAUGCCAUGUCUCUGAGAUUUCGGAUGACCAUGUUGAUAAUCUUGAGGAACAAUAUAGAGCAGGGGAGAGAGUUGCUGCAAAAGUUUUGAAAGUGGAUGUAGAAAGGCACAGAAUCUCACUUGGAAUGAAGUCUUCAUAUUUUGAUGAUGAGGAACAUGUUAAUGAUUAUGGAACAGAGGAGGUUGAAUCAGGUGAUAAUCCUUUAAUUUUGGAACAAACCAAGGUUGACGUGCCUCAUCCUGCUUUUUCGGAUUCUACAAUUGGACUUGAACACGAAUCCUCUCUUAUCCAAGUGGAAUCAAGGGCUUCUGUGCCCCCUCUGGAGGUUAUUCUUGAUGAUAUUGAGGAUGAUGAGGUGUUUGUUGAACCGGACAAGGAAGAAACUGCUAAUGUUCCCAAUCCUAUUGAUGAGAAGAGCAAGAGACGGGCGAAGAAGAAAGCCAAGGAAGAGGAGGAACAGAAAAUCAGGGUUGCUGAACAGCGUUUACUUGAUAAAGAUAUUCCAAGAACUAGCGAUGAAUUUGAGAAAGUAGUUCGAACCUCCCCAAACAGCAGCUUUGUCUGGAUAAAAUAUAUGGAGUUUAUGAUUUCUAUGGCUGAUGUUGAGGGAGCCCGAUCGGUGGCUGAUAGGGCCUUGAGCACAAUCAACAUCACCAAUGAAACAGAGAAGCUGAAUGUAUGGGUAGCGUACCUUAAUUUCGAAAAUCAGUAUGGGAAUCCUCCUGAGGAAGCAGUAGCCAGACUAUUUCAGAAAGCAUUGCAGUAUUGUGAUCCCCUAAAGUUGCAUUUGGAGCUCUUAAAAUUAUAUGAGAGGACAGAACAACAUAAGUUGGCUGAUGAGCUUCUUGAAAAAAUGGUUAAAAAGUUUAAACAAUCAUCUGAGGUAUGGCUGAGGGGAAUUCAAUGGUUUUUGAAAACAAAACCGGAGGAAGUUGAUAAAUUGAUGAACCGUGCUCUUUUAUCUCUCCCUAAACAUGAACACAUACAGUUUCUUUCUCAAGUGGCUAUCAGCGAGUUUAAAAGUGGGGUACAUGAUAAAGCGCGUUCAAUAUUUGAGAAAAUGUUGCGUGAAUACCCCAAAAGACUAGAUCUGUGGAGUGUUUAUCUUGAUCAGGAAAUUCGAUUGGGCGAUGUUGACUUAACUCGUGCAUUGUUUGAGAGAGCUAUAAGUUUGAGUCAUCCGCCAAAAAAGAUGAAGUUCUUGUUCAAGAAGUUUCUCAAAUAUGAAGAGUCACUUGGUGAUGCAAGUAGGGUUCAAUAUGUAAAACAGAAGGCCCGAGAAUAUGUGGAAACAGCUGCAAUAUGAGAUCAAGUGUCUGCAUUGUAUUUAUUUUCCUUGCUUUCGUCCAUUGGUUGUUAACCGGAGUGAAGAGCACACACAGAGGCAUAACCAUGCGCCUAGUACUCAUCACCGGAAUCAUUGACAACUGAGUUAGUAGGCGGUGAAGAUUACCCUCUUUAAUUAUUGCAACAUUGGUUAGUUAGGACAACGGCCCAUCCAAGUCGCACUAGCAUCUAGUUCCCCCAUUUAUUCAAAAUUUUGUGCGGGUUUUGCACGAAUGUUUAACGAGAUUUAAGAUCAUUGACGAACAACGCUCUUGUUUUGGGGCCGCCCUAAUUUUGUAUGUUAGCACAAAAUUAGAUGAAAUUUUGUAGAUUGUGGAUUAUACUUGUGGUUUUCCGGCAGUCUCCUGUUUAGGAUGAACUUGAGUGUCCAACGAGCUUUAAUAAUAUUCAUUCUUUUUGUUCUUUUUAUGUCUAAUUUAAACGGUACACUUUAUUAAUAACGAUCUUAAAUUCUCAA